UUGAAUCGCCGCAAAUGUUGUACUAUGUACACAUAUGUUAAUCACUAAGCAGAAUUCAGAAGAAAAAAGGAAAUAAUUAUCACAAUGACGGACGAAGUGCGACCAGAGGUGAUAAAGAAAACACAGGACUUGCUUGGGAAAUAUUUCAAAAAGCCGCCAUUGACCGAGAAACUACUCCGCAAGCCGCCUUUUCGCUUCCUCCACGAUAUUAUAACAGCUACUAUUAAAGAGACUGCUUUCUUAGAAGGAUUAUUUAGCGAGGAAGAGCUAAAUUCUGAUAAUAUAAAAGACAAGGAAGCUAAGCUCGCUUUUUUGACAAAACUUAUUGAUGUCAUCAAAUUGAUCUCGGGUGCUAAUUUAAUGGUCAGAGCAAGUAAAAUCGUCUCUGGUCAAGAGCCUACAAAGACAAAUGAACUGUUACAAGCCAUUGGAAAAGCUCUUGAUAAGAAAGUCAGUAGCAGGGAGGCAAUUGAACACUAUAAAAAAAACUUAGAAAAUAAAUUAAAGGGUGGAUCAAAGACAAAAAGAUCCACAACUAAAGAGGAAACAUCGAAGAAGCCUGCAUCAAGGCAGUCUUCGCAAACGAGAAAAUCAUCGGAGAAAGAUAAGAUCUCAGCGGAGCGAAAGAAAAGAUCAUCUAGCACAGGAAAAGUAGCGUUGAGUGAAGCAAAACGUGAUAAAGAUGAAAAAACCGAAGAGAACAAAACAAAAAAAGGAAAUGAUUUAAAGAAGGAAAGUUCGAAGAAUAUCGAGGCCAUAGAUAUCCCACCAGCUGAACCAGUUCAAAAUAGAGUUCCUACUUCGGUGCAAAGAAGAAGGCCUUCUUCGUCUGCCAAAGUGAAACAAGAUGCCAUGAUUUUAGCAGAUACUAGUGAUUUAACGAAGGAAGAACAGACAUCUAAUAAUGAAAAUAAACCAGUGACGAAUAAUUAUACUAAAGAGAUUAAGGAAAAUGGAAUAGAAGAGGAUAAUGCAUGGCAACAAAACGUUGGAAAAAGCGAUCAACCAUCAGAGCUUGCAGGAUCUCAAACAGAAACUACUGAAAUGAGCGUUUUACAACAAACGAAUGCGAGACCUAGAACAUCUUUAAGACCACCUAGUGCCAGGCCCAUUAGUGCCAGACCAGCAGCUCCCAGAAUGAGAGCAAAGACAGAGAUAAUAGUCAAUGAAGAAAUACAAACACCAUUAGGAAAUAUCAGCGUCAUCGUAGAGAAUUCCGAUUUGAAGGAUGACGAUGACGAUGAUGCAGAAGAUAUGGUAGUGAUGGAAGCAAAAGGAAGUGGCAGUGAUCUUUUAGAGAAUGGAGAUUAUAAAAUAGACAAUCACCUGAUGCAAGAACAUGGGCAUCUUGUGGCUCAGAUCUUAGAAACUCAGAGAGAAUUAGUCAACACAGAUAAUGUUGAUGUAUUGCCGAAGAAAGUCGAUAUUGCGUGGGAAUCAGGUUCGAAACGUGACCGAGAAACAGCAGCUAAAGAAAUCGAUAAAUUACGCGGAACUAUACAAACAUUAACACGAACGACAAAUCCUUUGGGAAAAUUGUUGGAUUAUGUACAGGAAGACGUAGAAAUGAUGGAAAAGGAAUUAUUGGAUUGGAGAAAUCAAUAUCGUCAAUUAAGCGAACAAUUGGAAAAAGAACAAAAAGAAACUGAAGAAAUGAUAGAACCUAUGAAGGACACAUUGAAAGAAAUUAAUAGCAACAUGGAGGCUCAGUUAAAUAAAAUACGUCAAGUAAAGGCGCAAAUUAUGAAAAAUGAUCAAAAGAUACGGCGAUUACUUAAUGGUAAUUUAUAA